UGGAUGAUGUACUGGAUUAUAUUUGCACUGUUCACCACGGCAGAAACCUUCACAGAUCUGUUUCUUUCCUGGUUUCCAUUUUAUUAUGAACUUAAAAUUGCAUUUGUUAUUUGGCUGCUCUCCCCUUACACAAAAGGCUCCAGCGUUCUCUACAGGAAGUUUGUACAUCCAACUCUCUCUUCCAAAGAGCAGGAGAUUGAUGACUAUUUGAGCCAAGCCAAGGAUCGGAGCUAUGAAGCUGUGAUGCAGUUUGGAAGGCGUGGACUGAAUGUGGCAGCGACUGCCGCUGUCACAGCUGCUGCCAAGGGACAAGGAGCUCUCUCGGAAAGACUAAGAAGCUUCAGCAUGCAGGAUCUGACAACAAUUCGAGGGGAAAAUAUUGAUGAACAAAUAAGCAACGCACAGCCUCAAGCCCAGAGCCCACUGAGGAACAUCACAGAGACAGUUGAUAACUCAGGUAGAGCCAAGACACCCUAAGCCCCCUCCCAGAAAGAGAAGUACCACAAUCUGCACCAGUGAAUCCAUGUGACAGUGAAGCCCGAGUCAUCAGAAUACAGUCACCUGGAUUCAACCUUUUGUUUUACUGUCCUGCCUUCACGAGCCAAGCAAUGCGUGACACACUGGGAACGAUGAAGAUACCACCGCCUGGAAAGUGCUUCACAUUUACUGCAGAUGCCUUCAGCGCUUACCUAUAAGUAUAAUAAUCUGUAUCAAAACAUGUUUUCUUUUCUUUGCACUACACACAGUGAUGAAACAAAAUUCAGAGGGAGGCUGAAUUGAAAUGUUUGAGAGUCCAGCGCAUCUUCAUUUUUUUUUGUGUGAGAACAUUCCAGCACUUCUGUAGUACUUGACUAUCAGAAUUAGUUCCUUUGCUUCAGAACAAUCUAGAGAAAAAGUUUUCAGAGCUUUGAGCUAUUAUUUAUGUACACAGAGAUAUCUGCUCUAUUAUAUGCAGGUUUAUCCAUUAUAUCAUACACAGGUACAUCUGUUAUUCAGUAAUAUAAGCAUGUAUGCUAUUCUGUCCACAGAUAUGUCAAUUACACUGCAGACAGGCAUGUAUUAUGCUGUGCAGAAGUGUAUCUGAUCGACUGUACAUUUAUAAAUGUUGCACAAUAUGCAGGUAUCUAUUAUGAAGUGUGUACAGUGUAUCUGAUGUAUUGUGUGCAGUGUUUCUGUUGUAUUGUACACAGGUAUGCCUUUUGUACUGUAUACAGGUAUACCCACUAUAUUGUGCUCAGGUAUAUCUGUUGUAUAUUAGUUAUAUAUAUUUGUUGUCUAAGUUAAAACUCAUAAGCACAUUGCGCACAAAGUUAAGACAGUAAAGCUGACAAGGCUAUCAGGAUUAUGUUUCUUUUCAGGACGAACCUUUUGUGAUUCUUGCACUGUUGACAUUGACAGUAAAGGUUCCGUUUUUGCACCAAAA